GAUUCUCCACUCUUUUCUUGUUAAGAAGCCUUGAACUUCCACCCUCUUCAUCUCUCAAGUCUUGACUCUUUGUUCUCUACCUCUACUUUUUUGCUUGUUCGCACCAAAUGGCUGCUGGUGCACCCAACCAUGUAGGUACAAUUCCAAACCCUGCAAAUGGAACCACUGAUCAGAACAAGCAAACACAAGUGACUGAUGUUCCCCGCGUUGUUGACUACUGGCAGAGGGCUCAAUGGCUUCGUGCUGCGGUGUUAGGCGCCAAUGACGGUUUGGUUUCUGUUGCUUCACUGAUGAUGGGCGUAGGAGCUGUCAAUAAAGAUGCCAAAGCAAUGCUGCUCGCGGGUUUCGCCGGAUUAGUUGCAGGAGCUUGUGGAAUGGCAAUAGGUGAGUUUGUUUCUGUGUUUACACAGUAUGAAGUCGAGGUUGGGCAAAUGAAAAGAGACAUGAUCAAGAGUGAGCAAGGAGAGAGGGACUUGGAGAUGGCGAUGGAGAAAAGGAAAUCCAUACCUAAUCCAAUGCAGGCUGCUUUGGCAUCUGCAUUCUCAUUCUCUAUAGGUGGAUUGGUUCCUUUACUUUCAGGUUCGUUCGUCUCAGUUUACAAGAUAAGGCUUCUUGUGAUUGUGGUGGUUGUUAGCUUGGCUUUGGUGGCUUUUGGUAGCGUGGGUUCUCUGCUGGGAAAGACUCCCAUGACGAGAUCUUGUGUGAGGUUCAUGAUUGGGGGAUGGAUGGCCAUGGCUAUCACUUUUGGGUUAACAAAAUUGCUAAGUGCUGGUGGGUUGGAAAUAUAAAUCCUCUUGGCCCUGGUUUUUAGUCACUUGUCUAAUGAGAGCAAUUAACCUCUCCUUUUAUCUUCAUUAAUUGAAUAAGUGUGAGAUCUUUAAUUGGACA